UUUUUGGGUUCUCCAACGUUUUUAGUCUGUGGUCGGCCCGUCGCCGACGACGUGGGCUAAGACAUUGACCUGCCUGUCGAGCGCCGGUUCCGCGAUCCAAAGCCGCGAUCACCCCCUCACUCUCGCUGCCGCCGACUCCGCUUUGUCCAGCUCUGAUCGCCAUUGUCCUCGCCGUCGCCGUCGCCGCCCAGGUUUCGUGUUUAUCCAUAUGCGCUCCUAUGGGUGCCUUAUCGUCUCUUCAGUCGCUCGAAACAUGGGAGAAUUCCGCCAUCAGCAAAUAUCAUAGAACCGGUCAAAGGGCUGUCUCGUGUCCUUGAUUCCGUCGCCUGCCCACCAUGGCUGCGACGCGAUACUCCUCGACUGACCUCAGGCGUCAGGUCGGUUCUCCAAGAUCCAAGGGCCGAGAGAACAAGGAUACGCUCUGUCGCAACAUUCUUAUAUACGGCCAUUGCCGCUACGAGGACCAAGGGUGCUCCUUCAAUCAUGACCAGAACAAGAAUCCUUCUUCGCAAACAGACUUCGGUUCCAAGAAGACAUUCAAUGUCGACUCGCCGUCCUUUACCCCGUCGAGCCAGCAGUCCGCACCGCAAAAGAAAUCCACCCUCUCUUCGCAGGCUGCGAGUGCCGCUCCAUUUACUCCUCGAGGAGUAGGCACUCCGAACUUACAACAAACUACCGAGACUUCCAUGUUUAAUCCGGCAGUCAUCAGGGAAUUCACUCCGCAAAACUAUGACAUCGGGAACACGAACUCAGGAAAUGGCAUUGUCCAAGAAAACGGGCUGUAUGCCGACCCUUUCACUACCAUGAGCACCAUGGGCACAGCACUGCCGUCCGCCGGCCAGUUUAACCUGUACGCAGGUGACAAUACUACCCUCGCCGGGUCGGGACCCCAAUUCUAUCCCCAACACGCGGCGUUUCCUACAGGACCCCUCCAACCACCAAACUACCAUCUCUACCAACCGUUUGAUUCUUAUCGGCAAGAGCUCCAGCCAUGGCAGCGGGCAACAUAUGACUUCUUCAUGCCCGCCAAGAUGCGGGAAGACCUGCAGAAGAAGAUGUUUGCCAUUCAACAAGUGAUGCCGAAUUCUGGUCUCCCUCAGCUCGAGCACUGGCAUUCACUGUUUCCGCUGGACACUAACAACAGGAAGAACACGUCGUCUUUUGGCUACCCUAGUUGGGUAUACAAGGCACAGAAUAGCCGAAACGGAAGGCAUUACGCCCUGAGGAGGCUUGAAGGCUACCGAUUGACCAACGAGAAGGCCAUUCUCACUGUUAUGAAGGAAUGGAAGAAGAUCAAGAAUGCCAAUGUCGUGACUGUCCAUGAAGCUUUCACGACCAGGGAAUUUGGCGACAGUUCGCUGAUAUUCGCCUUCGAUUACCAUCCCCUGUCAAAAACUUUGCACGAACAGCACCUCCAACCUCUCCACGGCAAUCGAUACAGGGCGCCCAGUGCCGUAGCGGAGAAUGUUUUAUGGGGAUACAUUUGCCAGAUUACGAAUGCUCUGAAGGCCAUCCAUUCCAACAAGCUUGCCGCUCGGUGCAUCGAACCCAGCAAGAUCAUCGUCUCGGAGCAGAACCGCAUUCGGCUCGCGGCGUGCUCCAUUUUGGAUGUGGUGCAGUUCGAGGCCAAUACGCGACCCGUACAGGAGCUCCAGCAGGAGGAUCUUGUCAAGUUUGGCAGGGUCAUACUUUCUCUGGCGACGGGAGCGCCACCGGCUCACCUCAACAACAUACCGGCCGCUCUGGAGUCAUUAGGCUCCAAGUAUUCGGCCAACCUGAAGGAAGCCGUGCAAUGGCUCAUCGCGCCGCCGAGCCCGGGCGAAUCAAAGAGCAUUGACAACUUCAUCGGUGGUAUUGCCACACAGAUGACGACCUUCUUCGACCUUGCUCUGCAGGACAACGACGAGAAGCAGUUUCAUCUCGCCAGAGAACUGGAAAAUGGUCGCAUUGCCCGCAACGUAAUGAAGCUGGCUACGAUAGUUGAGCGCGGCGAUCUCGGCGGUGUGCAAGGCUGGUCCGAAACCGGCGAUCGGUACCAGCUUAAACUCUUCCGCGACUAUGUCUUCCACCGUGUCGACGCUGACGGAAAGCCUAAUCUUGGCAUCGGGCACAUGCUCAGCUGCAUGAGCAAGCUCGACGCGGGCAUCGACGAAAUGGUCGUCUUGACUAGCCGUGAUAACGAGACCGUCUUUGUGCUGACGUACCGGGAGCUCCGCCAGAUGCUUGAUCGCGCGUUCAACGAACUCGUGAAGCUCAGCAAGACCGGCGCCCCUGGGGCGAAUUAGGCGCUGCCCACGCCGGAGCAGUUUUCGUUCAAGACCCGCCCGAGCACACCGGGGCUGGUGGCGAUGGCACGGAAGCAUAUGGGGAGCGUAUCACGAGCAAUUUGUGCAGUGCCGCCGAUACAAGUGCGGCACCGAAGGAGCGAGUCUCCAGGCGUUUUGAGCGAAAGGUCGAUGCUGGCGGUGUGUUGGAGGACUGUCCCCGAAUUCCUGAAACCGGCGGCAACACACUGUCGGUACCGAACAAUGUGAUGGACCUGGGCAGGCGAUUGGUGUGCCCGAAGUGGAGUCCACAACCAAGCGCAGGUGUCACGGGAUCACUGUGGGAGCCAGAUCCCAGGAUGCGGUGGGAUGCCAUGCAUAUAUAUAUAUGGUAUAGGAGUGGAAAUAUCAGCGAGUAUGUUGUUAGCUAGCGCGCGUCGUUUGAGACCGAGAAAAUAAAAUCCAACGCAAUAUAUAUUCUAC